GUUGAUCUUCAGGGACCCCCAAAAGCCAUAACGCUAAGCGACAAUCCAAACCGUGUUCUUACCAAAAACCCCUAAAACGUGCACUAUCUAAAACCCUCUUCGACCGGCGAAGAUGAACCGGAUCGCAGUGAGGUCGUUGGUCGGCGGUCUGCGCGGUGCCCGGAACUACAACCGGUACAUUUCCACGGCGGUCGCUGCCAGGCCCUUGGACGGCGCGGAGUUCCUGAACCGUCGGAGCGGCGACGGUUUUAGCGGAUUUUACUGGAUGAGGAUGAUGAGCAGCGCGCCGCAACCUGUUGCGCCACCGGUUGGGACUACGUCGGCGGAGAAGGAGCAGAAGGAGAGCGGGAGCUCGGUGGGCGACGGCGGCAAGAAAGGAAGCGACAGCAACGUCGUUGUGUCGAACUACUGGGGAAUUCAGAGGCCGAAGAUCGCAAGGGAGGACGGGACUGAGUGGCCUUGGAAUUGCUUCAUGCCAUGGGAAACCUAUAGGGCGGACCUAUCCAUCGAUCUGGGCAAGCACCAUGUGCCGAAGACUUUUCUAGACAGAUUUGCCUUGAGGACCGUCAAGCUUCUUCGGAUUCCAACGGAUAUUUUCUUCCAGAGACGGUAUGGGUGCCGUGCAAUGAUGUUGGAAACUGUGGCAGCUGUCCCUGGCAUGGUCGGAGGAAUGCUGCUGCACUUAAGGUCUCUGCGCAAGUUUCAGCAUAGUGGUGGUUGGAUCAAGGCUUUACUCGAAGAGGCAGAGAACGAGAGAAUGCACCUGAUGACAAUGGUUGAACUUGUGAAGCCCGUGUGGUACGAGAGACUGCUGGUUCUCAUUGUGCAGGGAGUCUUCUUCAAUGCCUUUUUUGGUCUUUAUAUGAUUUCCCCAAAACUGGCACAUAGGAUUGUUGGGUAUCUGGAGGAGGAGGCUAUACACUCUUAUACAGAGUAUUUGAAGGAUAUCGAUAGUGGCAACAUUGAAAACGUACAGGCUCCUGCAAUUGCUAUUGACUACUGGAGGUUACCUAAAGAUGCGAAGCUCAAGGAUGUCAUUACCGUGAUUCGUGCUGAUGAAGCUCAUCAUCGCGAUGUCAACCAUUUUGCAUCUGACAUUCAUUACGAGGGCAAGGAAUUGCGAGAAGCACCGGCUCCCCUUGGUUAUCAUUGAGGUGUUGAGAUGCCUAGAAUUAAAGAAAUAUCGUCUAUCCGUAUAUGCUGAUAACCAUGAACUAAUAUGUGGGCAUAGAUUGUUUCUGAAAUUUGUAUGAGAGGGUAAAAUAGUAUGUGAGAUUCGUCUUAGUUUCGCUUCGACUUUUGGAUUGGUAUUAUAUAAAUCAGUAACGAGUAAGAUUUUAUUU